AUGGGGUCGUCAGCGUCGGCCGUAGGUCGUGUGCCGCUAUCACUGAUUCCGCUCAAUGGCGACGCUCCAAAGAUUCUUGUCCUAGGCAAGUUCUAACCGUUUUUCUUACAAUCCCUGAAACUGAGGUCAUCAAAGGUCCAAACUUUUUCUUUCCCGAUUCGCUAGACAAUCACGAGAAUUGUCUAUAGAUAUCGUGGGAAAUAAACUGAAGUGGGAAAAAAAUAUCAGAAAAGUCACAAAAAUAGACACCAAAGUUGAAAUUUUUAAGAGAGGAAGUGAAAAAGAUGUCCGCUCGGUAUGCUGACGAAACUCCUUUGAGAGAUGAUUUUGAACACUUGGUCACAGUUUUAUCGAGGAAAAAAUGCGCAAUUUACCAUUCAAAAAAGACCUCAAAAGGGCUUUUUUUCCGUCACUGUCACGGUAGAUUUCAAACUUUGGGCGUUUAUAAUAACUUCACUAGAAAGCUGAAGGCGCAAUUUUUGACAAGCUAGUGAUCAGAGCGUCCUGCAGUAAAUAUUUUUUUUAUCAAAUAUCAACCGGGAACUUUUUCGAUUGAAAAACAAUAUUAAAUUAGUUUUUUUAACCCAAAAAGUCUAAUAUUCCAAAAAAAUUUAAGCUUUUAUUUCUGUUAUACACGACCAACUCUGAUAAUUUUGUAGGUUGUAUGGGAAGCGGAAAGUCCACUCUCUGUCGUCAGUUGAUGUGAGUUCAUGUUUGAAAAUCGGUGAUUCAUCGUUUUUUAAUCUCUCGGAACGGAAACCUGACGAAAAAUAAAAAUAAACUUUUUCUAUUUUGAGGAUCAUUAUAUCGUAUUUUGAAAAUUUUUGAAAUUUAUCAUUCUGUUUCAAAUUCAAUGUGAAUUUUAAACAAGUAGCGAACAAGAUUUGAAGAUUCUCGACAAAGAUUAUUAGUGUUUUCAAACAAGUUUCUUCUUGAGCGCGCGCCUCAAAUAAACUUUGAAAGUGAAGACAAGAAUGACUGAGUACUCUAUAAACCUAAUGAAUCUAACAUUAUAUCGCAGUGUUCCUAUUUAUCUUAACGCUCUUUUUAUCUUGCAUGAUAGUUUGUUUUUUCUUUACGCAUUUUUUGAGAUGUCUAAAAUUUUUCCCAACUUUUUUGCUCGAAAACUUUUGAAAAAAACCUUUCGCUAUCACCCAACGUUUCUGCGAAUCUUUCUCCAAUAAGCAUAGCUUCUGACUGACUUUUCAAGCUUAUCACUGACGCAGGUUUAUGCGAGGGAUGGACCGGCAGCCUAUCCUUGGCAACUUUCAAAGCCCGGCCUUAGGAGGCCUCUAGCAAAAAAUGGUGGCCGGCCCGGUCGAAGAAGCUCAAAUUAUCUUUCAUUCGAUUAUCAAGCUUUUUCACGACAUGAAUCACGUUUGCUUAUUUUUUCACUUCGAGUUCAAUAGAAACUACGUUUUAACAAUUAAAAAUAAUGUUUCGGUGAAAAUUCUCUAUUAAAACUUAAAAUUUUGUUGAAGCUCGGCUUGGAACAAGCUUUAAAAAGUUUUGGUCUUUUCGCAUGGUUUUUCUCAAAAAUCAGGUCCAAAGCCCAAGCCAGAUCGGCCCGUGCAGCGCGAGCUGACACACCAGCUUGCACUGAUGCCAAUCAGGAACGUAGUUCGUAAGAACGCAUUUUCAAUACUUGAAAAAAAAAACUUAUAUCGAAAAUAAUCUGUUCAGAAAACAAAGUCGUGUUUCUUUGGCAUUACACAACGAGUACUACAUACACACGCUGCAGCACAAUCUUUUAGAGGUUAAUUUAGAGUUUUUCUAUCAAGAUCGAUAGACUCGAAAAUUUUUUUUUGUUUUGUGUGGUAUGAUGUAUGUUAUUCAAGCACAUGUACGCACUGGGAUCUAUUAAAGCUUCUGACGGAGAUCACUGUGCUGAGAUUCGCUUUGAAAAAGAAAAUUAUUUCAACCAGUUAAAACUUCUUCAAAGUGUUUCGAGGAGCUUUGACUAAUUUGAAGUAUCGGGCGAUUUUAAAGUGCCCGUGAAAGUUUUUUAAAGGCUUUCUGAACUGGCCAUAAUUCUUCUUUCGCUUUUCAAGCUAACAGCCUAUGAACAUUCUGGUGAAAUUUUUUUUAAUUUAAAUUAAUCAGUAGAUGCCUUGAAUGAAAAUUUCAUCACAGAGUCAGAUUUUCAAAUAAUUUUUGGACAAACGCCCCAAACCUCCCUCAACUUCGAAGAAUCACUCCCACUUAACUCAAAAAUUUAUAAAACCAAAUAAUUUCAUUCAAAAAUACGGUUUUAUACUUCUGCUAAUUCGAUUUCGGAGCUUUCGCAUUUCGGCUGUAGGACGUCCGUCCAGCUUAUUCCGCCCCCUCCAAGUCUUUUAUUAUCAAAAAAAACGUAGUCAUAGCGACAGGCCUGCCGUCGAAAAACCGAGAACUGCAGAAAAAGCUUAUAAAGCGUUUUAAACAGUAUUUCGCAUAUAUUUGGAGCUGAAAAUUGAGCUGAACGAAACUUUUGCAGGUUUGGAAAGCUUUACGAGAGGUUUGCGAGCAGCUUGAGGUUGACGUGAGCAGAUACGCGGUAAGCUACAAUCGGUUGACUUCAUUUUCUCAUUAUAGUUGAAUAGUUGGCUUGCUUGAUAAACAAAAUCAAGCUGCAAAAAAAAUGAAAAAAGUUUAUGAGGUUUUUCUGAAGACUUCUAAAAAUGCUUUUUCUGUGGCUUAUUUCGGGAAGUUAUAAGUUUCGAGCGACCCCCAGUCAUGAGUGAAACAACUUAACUAUGUACAGGCUGACUUCGACGUGAUCUACGAGUUUCGGCACCGCGAAGACCUCAGCGACAAGGUGUACAAGAGCCUGAAGGCGAUAGCGAGAAGCGGACUGCUGGAAGAAUGCCAGAAAAAAAGACGCGUCUUAAGCCUACCCUGUAACUACCAUUAGUGCGUUUCCAAUUAUUUGACCAACAAACUAUUACUUGACAUAAUAUCCGCAGAUUUGAUUCUUUCCAUCUCGGGCAAAUUCGGAAUGGUGGAUAAUGGCCGCUAAAAGGGAGAGGUUCAAAAAAGGCCGCAGAAAGGCAGCAAACAGAGUCCCUUUAUCGAGCCUGCCAUUUUUUCUAGAACUUUGAAGGCUCAAAGAAUGGUCGGAAAGGGAGAGACAGCAAAAAUGUUGCAUAAGAGCCGAUGAAAUAGCGCAAAAAGGCAGCAAAAAAGGGACCUUUGUCACCCUACCCCUACAAGUAACAUUUAUAUGAAGUCUUUUUCGACCCUUUUCUGCUUUGCAUAUGAUAUAUAUUCAUCAAAUAAAAGUAGAGUUCAGUUUUUUUGAACCCAAAACUUUUGAAACUCUAUGUUGAAUUUCAACCAGAUUUUCAUCUUGGCUCUGAAAAGACGAUGAAAAACAUAAAAGAUUUUGCAAUUUUUUUUGGAUUGGUCGUCCUUUUUAAAUAGAUCUAAAAAUUCAAAUUUUACGUCUGAGAAAACUUUUUUUUUCAAAUACGAAAUUUAUAGUUUUGUUCAACAUACGGAUCGCAUUCUACACCACAGCUAUUGCCCAACCGAGGCCGACAUUCUUUUCUCUUAUGCGCCAACCGUCGGCCUCUUUGAAAUACCCAUACGAAUCGGAUUCUCUCGUUACGAGUAAGAAGAUCAAAACUUUGUUUGAUUCAUCACUGAUAUGAAAUUUGCAGGUUGAUCGAGCUCCCAGGGCAUCACAUUUGGCGUAAAAGAUGGCCGAGUUUUUUCGCCCAAACCGCAGUUCUCUGUUUUCUUGUGGAUCUCAGCGAGCUCUGCCAAGCUGCAUUCUAUUCGGUGAUCUCAAAAUACUUCAAAAACUAAGCUGCGAACAAAAUGAAGUAUAAAAAAGAGAGAUUCAGUAUGCAAUAAAGCAGAUUAUUUUUUUCCAGUUAAACUUUUUCAGUUAUUCCAAAAUGAAUCAAAACUUUUCUGAUAAGAAGAAUGUUUCAGGGCCAUCUCAAAGACAAAACGGUAGGAAUUUUCAAGGAACUGGUACAACACCCGUUGCUCCAAGACGCUGGAUUCCUUUUACUUUUCAAUAAGAAGGAUACAUUCGAUGAGAACUCGGCCGGAUUCGACUUUCGGCAACUCGCAUCACAUGUUAGUGAUGUUAUGAACAAAAAAACACUUUUUUUCAUUUCUCGUUACCCUGGAGUGUUGAACCAAACGUUGGUUUAUAGAUUAGAACGUCGCACGAGGCUGUGUCAUUUUACCGAUCGGAAUUCUCAGCGUCUGCCCCAAAAAAUCGAACUUAUCAUCACAUAGUCUCUUUAGUGAAGGUAGUACGUGUGAAUAAUGAAAAUUAACAGAAAAAAGGUUUGCAGGCGCCCAACCUUGCUCAAACCGUUCUGGUAUCGCUGAACAAAAUUUUCAAGAGUCAACGAGACGCGGCAAACACCACUUAA